AUGACAACCCGCCGAGGAAAUCCCGCCAAAGGCAACAUCCCUUCGGUCGCGUUCAAGCACAACAAAAACAGCAAGAAAACCAUCAACAUCCUCGCGCUGCCCAACGAAGGCCUGUGCCCGCGGUGCCACGAUAUCAUUGAGUGGAAGAAGAAGUACCGCAAGUACAAGCCUCUCACCACACCCAAGCGCUGCACCAAGUGCCAGGAGAAGACGGUCAAGCGAGCCUACCACACCAUAUGCGACGGCUGUGCACGCAAAACGAAAGAUCCGGGACAGGACGAAAGGGAAGAGAGGGAGUACGAGGAAGCGCUGUCGCUCCUCUCCGAACGACAACGACGAGCCUACUUCCGCCGCAAGGAGAAGGGUCAACCGGUGGACGACAUUCUGGAAGCGGCGUCGAAGGCGCUCAAGGAGAACCGCGACGAAUUCGACUUUGAUAUGGGCAGCGACGACGAUGACGAAGAUGGCGAUGACGACGAGGACGAUGAUGACGACGACGAUGGCGAGGAGUAA